ACUGGAAGCUGCCAACUUCGAUCCCUGCGGGAACCUCACUUUUCCUCGUUUCGGGUUGCUUCUUUGCCCAGGCUAUUUAGGCCCUUCUCGGCCUCCGUGGCCCGGGAGCGCUCAGCUGUUGUGGAGGCGGAGCCCUUGCAGACCAUGGCGGGCGAUCUUGAGGGCUGCAAACCUCUGAGCGGGCUGCUGAGUGGCUUGGCUCAGGAUGCUUUCCACGGGCACCCGGGCAUCACGGAGGAGCUUCUGCGAAGCCAGCUGUAUCCAGAGGUGCCACCCGAGGAAUUUCGCCCCUUUCUGGCGAAGAUGAGGGGGAUUCUUAAGUCUAUUGCAUCUGCAGACAUGGAUUUCAACCAGCUGGAGGCAUUCUUGACUGCUCAAACUAAAAAGCAAGGUGGAAUCACAUCUGACCAAGCUGCUGUCAUUUCCAAAUUCUGGAAGAGCCACAAGACAAAAAUCCGAGAAAGCCUCAUGAACCAGAGCCGCUGGAACAGUGAGCUUCGGGGCCUGAGCUGGAGAGUUGAUGGCAAGUCUCAGUCAAGGCACUCAGCUCAAAUUCACACCCCUGUUGCCAUAAUAGAGCUGGAAUUAGGAAAAAUUGGGCAGUCGGAACUGAUGGCUACAACUCACAUUGUACCUCUUAGCAUGAGUCAUGGAGUAGAACCUCUUGGAGCCACGAAACUGCUCUGCAGGAGCGUACUUCCCACAGUACUCGCACGAAUCUGAAUUUCUGUGUUUGGAAUGUGAUGAGGUCAAGGUCAACCAAAUCCUGAAGAAGCUCUCAGAAGUAGAAGAAAGUAUCAGCACCCUGAUGCGGCCAGCCUAACUGUAAAUGAUGUAGGAAGUAGUUGGCAUUGUAGAAACAAAGUAUUGAUGAUUCCUCCCCCACUGACCUUUUAAAAAAAUAUUCCUGUUCCUCCAUUGAUAUUAAAUACUCAAAAUCAAUC